AUGCCCGCGCAACCAUACGCGCCCGGCGCACCGCCGCUCCUCCUCACCAAACGCCUCUCGUCCUUUCUCCAAUCCAACCUCUCCGCGCACGUCCAUUCGGCACUCAUCACGACCAUCUCGGGGAAGCUUCUCUCGUACGCGUCUCGGCAACCCGUCAGCACUCUCCGCACCCAAUGCACCGUGGCUGCCUCGAUAUGGGCCAUACAAACCGCCGCAGCUGUGGAUCCGCGCGGAGGGCAACGACGCGCACGGAGACGUGACGAGGACGACGACUCGGAGGAGGAGGAAGAGGAUAGUAAGGAUGGCCAGUCGGUCAGGAAGGCAGAGAGCGCGCUGGUCGGGGCGCUGCCGCCUUCGGCAUCUGCAGAGUCUGUCGCUUCGGCGCGUGCGGGACGGCCGAGGAGCAUCACGGUGCAGCUAUCCGGUGCCGUGGUGGUCAUAAGACCGCUCAAAAGCCCGCUGCUCUUCAUCUGCAUUGGUCCUUCAUCCGGCGCCGUCGACCCCGGCGCAGUUGCCGCCACGGAGCCGACGGAGGAGCAUGCGCCUGCCGCCGAUGGCUCGGGCAGCCCGCCCCAGGUUACCGUGUCGGCGGCGAUGGGCUCACCCUCGGAGACGACUAGUGUUUUGAGCGCCGCUCCGUCCACAGCCGCCACCGUCACCAGCAUGGGCGCUUCGGCCGCCGUCUUGACCAGGCGUCAUGCUGAGGAGAUGGCAAAGUGGCUGGAUGACAAAUUGGAGACGCUCUGGGUCCCGGAAGAAGGCGCUGAUGCACGAUGA